AUGGCAGAGGAAACACCGGUCCUGGAGGUCAGUCCGGCGGUGGUUGAUGCCGUCAUGGAUGCAACGCCGGAAAACCUCGAAGAUGCCCUCCGUAUUGUUCUUCAGAAGUCGCGUGAGGUGAACGGCCUUAUACGCGGUCUUUCAGAGGUCGCCCGGGCCCUUGACCGCCGCACCGCACACCUCUGCGUUCUCGCCGAGGACUGCGAGGACGAGGAGUACAAGAAGCUCAUCACGGCACUUGCAAAGCAGGGCGAAGUGGACCUCAUCAACGUUGAAGAGCGUGAGAAGCUUGCGCAGUGGGCGGGUCUGACAAAGAUGGACAGCACCGGGGAACUGAAGAAGACAUUUAAGUGUUCCUGCGUGGCGGUGCGUGACUUUGGCGAGCGGACGAGAGCACUUGAGUUCCUCCUCUCUCAUUUGAGGUGA